AUGGAUAUCGAUGUUGAAGUAAAGGAAAUAAAGAGGCAUAACAGUUUAUCAAAUCGAAAUUCAAGACGAGCUCAACUACUCAAAAAUGUUGGAAGGGAACGUUGUCAUAGUUUUCACGCUGAGAGCUCUAAAAGUAAUAAAGUAUUACCUACUCCUAUUGAUCCACCAAAAAUGUCGUUUAGGGUGGUACGUAGUUCAAAAUUCCGCCACGUUUAUGGCCAGGCACUAAAAAGGGAACAGUGUUAUGAUAACAUAAGAGUUUCGAAGAGUUCAUGGGACUCUACGUUUUGUGCUGUGAACCCAAAGUUUCUGGCUAUCAUCGUAGAAUCCGCCGGCGGCGGUGCUUUCAUAGUCCUGCCUCACAAUAAGGUGGGCAGAAUCCCGGCCGAUCACCCGCUGGUCGGCGGCCACAAGGGGCCGGUGCUCGACAUCGCGUGGUGUCCGCAUAAUGACAAUGUUAUAGCCAGUGGCUCGGAGGACUGUGUUGUUAAGGUCUGGCAGAUACCAGACGGCGGUCUGUCCCGCACGCUGACCGAACCCGUAGUGGACCUCGUGUACCACCAGCGCCGCGUCGGUCUGGUGCUCUGGCACCCGACCGCCCAGAACGUUCUGCUGACCGCCGGGUCUGACAACCAGAUCGCGAUAUGGAACGUGGGCACGGGAGAAGUGUUGAUCAGUCUGGACUGUCACCCGGAUCUGAUAUACUCGGCGUGUUGGAACUGGACAGGAACUAAAUUGUUGACCACGUGCCGGGAUAAGAAGAUCAGAAUAAUAGACCCGCGCAAGGGCGAAGUAGAGUCAGAAGCGAUCGCGCACGAGGGCAGCAAGGCUUCCAGAGCAAUAUUCUUGAAGCAUGGACUCGUUUUUACUACCGGUUUCAGCCGAAUGUCUGAGCGGCAAUACUCGCUCCGCACCCCGGACGCGCUCGGGGAACCGAUAGUCACGGUGGAGAUAGACACGAGCAACGGCGUCAUGUUCCCGCUGUACGACCCGGACACGAACAUGAUAUACCUGUGCGGCAAGGGCGACUCGGUGAUACGAUACUUCGAGGUGACACCAGAGCCACCGUUCGUGCACUACAUCAACACCUUCCAGACGCCCGAUCCACAGAGAGGUAUCGGUAUGAUGCCGAAGCGCGGUUGCGACGUGGCCACAUGUGAAAUUGCCAAAUUCUACCGACUCAACAACUCUGGAUUGUGUCAGGUGGUAUCCAUGACAGUACCCCGGAAAUCGGAGCUGUUCCAAGAGGAUCUGUACCCGGACACGCUGUCUGAUGAAGCGAGCCUCACCGCGGACGAGUGGCUCGCGGGCGAAGACGCGGAGCCUUGCACUAUGUCGCUCAAGGAGCGCGCGCUCGUGGUGCAGGGCGGCUACGUGAGCGGCCGCGCGCAGACACUCACCGUCACCAAGAAGACCAACGCCCUUGCCACGGGAAAGGAGAGAAAGAGAGAUGACGAAGAGAAGCCGGAGAGAUCUCCCACGCCGAGGGAUAGUCAGGCUGGGACUCCAGCGUCCGCUACUCCGCCGCCAGCUGUCAGUGCUUUGUUGGAGAAACAAAUGUCCGAUCUCGUGGACGAGAUACGCAAACUGAAGUCCGUCAUAGUGAAACAAGAGAACCGAAUCCGAGCGCUAGAAGCGACCGUGAAAGCGGUACUCCCACCGCCCACGCCCACGCCCGUGACGCCCGUGACCACGGCCGCGACCACGCCCGCGCCCACGCCCGACAAUGACCACGACCACGACGAUGAUGCCAUGGCCCCCGAUGAAGUUUGAACGCGCAAGUGAGUCUUGUAUAGAUAGAAGUGACGGCUGCGUAAUUGGAAUUUUGUAAAAUCAUUUUUUUUAUGUAUUAAUGUGUUUUUAAUGUCAGUGUCAAUUUUGAAUUAUAGAUACAGUUGAUGAAUCGAAAAAAAAAAGUAAGAUUUGUAACGAUCUAAGCAGGGUACUAGAUUAAAAAGUGCCUAAAAAUAUAUGUAAAAUAAUAAUUGUGUGCCUUUUUUACCAUUAGAUUCUUUAUACAGACAAAAUCUAUACAAGACGACUAUAUCGACCUGAUUUUUUUAAAUAGUGUAAGGAAUUCGUAUAGCUUUGAUAUUUUAAUUCUUUUCUGUAUUAUCUAUAUUCUAUACCGAUGGAACUGACGGAUAAACA